AAGAUAAGGAUAAAACAUCCGAUAAGUCUCUGAGCCUAGCUAGAGAGAUAGUCUUGAACGCGAUACGGUGUAUGCAACGACAUAAAAUUAUGUUGGUUUAAGCGAAUUUAGUUUGUUAACAACAGUAUAACCACAUAAAUACACGAGAAUCUAUGGUAAUAAAAAGAUACUUAAAAAUCAACCUGGACUUUCUACCGUGCCGUCGGUAAUUGCGAGACAUCGUCACCCAAAAGGCAGGUGCCAUAUACGGAAUCUUUACUACACAUAGCGAAACUUCCUUCUCCAAAAGUCGAUGCUAUUGAACACUCGAUAAAAAUCGUCGCUGUGAAGAAACUGUGACAAAUUAAUGACUUAUUGUUACUUCUGUUCGUUUUAAUGCUUUUUUUAAUCGUGAAUAUAGACUUUGAAGUGUGUAUGUGCGAUGGUUAUAGAUAUAAAAUUGAUAAGGUGUAUGUUUAGUGAUAAAUUUUGUGAAUGAAUCAUAGUAUAUCGGAUAUACCUGCGAAGUAAGGAAGAUGGAUUACAGUACGGUGAAGAGGAGACCAAAGGGAAAAGUACAGAACAGGUUGAAGGCAGGGGCGUACUUUACCUGGGCAGGGAAUAUAGGGUAUAGCCCGGGGGAUUACAUCAAACACCCUGUAGUUUACGAGCUGUCCCACAAAUACGGUCUUCCUACGGACAAUCUGAGCGAUUUACAGUUACAGGGAAAGCUAGAAGAACUCAAGGACAUUAUAAGAAGGGAAAUUCGCAAAGAACUGAAAAUCAAAGAGGGCGCCGAAAAGCUCAGGGGCGUAUCCACCGACCGGAAAUCGCUCAGUCACGUGAACACAAUAGUGAAAAAUUCGAAUUUUAAAUUGACGGAACUGAAAAAUGAACUCAGCGAGUUGGAGUCGCAGAUCAUUCUGUCACAGGGACAGACGUCACCGGCAACCAAUCCCUUGUUGUCAUCGAACGGAGAUUCGUUACACCGAUUGACAGGUCACAAUGACAAGAUCAGUCCCAACCACCUGAGUCGGAUAGAAAACCUGGAAAAACAGCUCAACAUCGAGCUGAAGGUGAAACAGGGCGCGGAGAACAUGCUCCAGAGCAUCGCUUCCAGGGACAAGAAACUGGUGAUGGAGGCGCAACAGAUGUUGCAAGAUUCCAAAAAGAAGAUCGAAUAUUUGAGGAUGAAAAUAACAAAGAUGAAACAUGACAUAGGUUCAAAGUCCAGAACGAUUGGCUCUGUACACGACCUGACAUCUAACGGUAAUGAAUUCAACAACGUAGAUUUAGAGCCAGCUUUGGAAGAAAGGAUAGAAGACUUGAAACACCGAUUAAGAGUUGAAGCUGCUGUGGUAGAAGGUGCCAAAAAUGUGAUAAAACUACUGCAGAAUGGCAACAAGGAACGCAGUGACAGGAAAGCUCUAUCUGAGGCCCAAGAUAGUUUGCGAGCGAGCAGCAUGAAGCUGGACCUGCUGCGCAGAUCGCUGGAGCAGCGCAAGGCGGAGCUGCCCGCCGACUCGCCCGUGGCCAUGCAGCUCAAAGAGGAACUGGCGCACGCGCAGACGUCCAGUCCGGUGACGGUGCACUACACCAGUUUGCAGCCGUUCAGGGUGCGCAGUGAUAGCAAUAAAAUGCAUAACGUUUCCAGUACUAUUAACAGAUGCGCCGCUGUUACCGGUACGUUAGAAGUAAGGUUAAUGGGCUGCCAAGACUUGUUAGAAGAUGUACCGGGUCGGCUCAAAAAAGACUCGGAUAUUAGUUCCAGUCCAAUGGAUCUUAGGUUUUUUAAAAAAGGUGUAACAGGGAGGGGUUCCUCAAAAAGUUAUAGCGUGAAAGAUGACAUUAGUGAUGAAAUAAUGGCGCUUCUUAAAUUAGAUAACAAUACAGUGGCGCAGACUAGUUGGAGGCAGUGUUCACAACAAGCAUGGGACCAGAGGUUUUCGAUUGAACUGGACAAGUCCAGAGAAUUAGAAAUCGGAGUAUACUGGAAAGACUGGAGAUCGCUUUGCGGAGUUAUUUUCCUAAGAUUAGAAGAAUUCAUAGAUAACGAUAGGGACGGGAUGGUUUUACACCUCGAACCUCAAGGACUGUUGUUUGCAGAGAUUAAAUUCCUGAACCCGAUGAUUUCGAAACGUCCGAAACUACAAAGACAGAAGAGGAUAUUCAAGCAGAUGAUGCCCAGGGCGAAGCAAAUGAAUAUUAACAUUGUCACGUGGGGCAGGUGGAUGAAGCAAUCAAACAGAGUGCCGAGCAGACAAAACCUUACACUUAGUACUCCAGAAAUAAAUGAUGCCGUUAAUAACGAGCAGAACGAAGACGAGAAACCUGCCACGCCCGGGGAAACCCCCGACCACCAAAUAGGCGGUUUAGGCGGUCGCAGACCUCUGGGUCUGGAACUGACUCCCGUGCCUCCACCCAAAGUGCCUCCCUCCUUCCAAUCGUCCCUCCCAUCGACGCCGUCACCUCCCUCCGUCCACCUCCUGCCCACCCACAAACCUUCGCUCAAGUGGGAGAAACCGGAGGAUCUGGCAUCGGUGCUUGCUCCCACUCCCGGACCUAGGCCGCCUUCGGUAAGGAGAGUGUCGGACGAGCCGCCGCUGAUAACGCCGCCCCCUGUACCGCCCAGGCUGGACCCAGAGAGCGCCGCCGCCUUGCGCGAGUUCGAUUUCCUCGAGGAGGAGGCGGAGGGUACGCUGGGGCGCGGUCCCGGUCCCCUGCUUAUCCCCUCCACGCCCCCCAUAGCCGUACUAGCCUACCAGGCCUCGAUCGAGCAGUACGUCCUACCCAGUCCUCAGCCCGUUAUUGAGUUCCCGGACGAUGAGCCAUCCUUUGACCAACCCCCUGUAGUACGACGUCCAGUGGCAAGAGAAUUAGGUUAUAGAGACAGUGCCUACGAGUCCAGAAGACAGUCCCAAUCCCAAAGCAGCGCAAUGACCGUAGAGCAGUUCAGAUUGAUCAGCGUGCUGGGCAGAGGUCACUUUGGUAAAGUUAUUUUGGCCCAGUACAGGAAUACCGGGGAAUAUUUCGCUAUAAAAGCCUUGAAGAAGGGUGAUAUCAUCGCUAGAGAUGAGGUGGAGUCUUUGCUGUCAGAAAAAAGGAUAUUCGAAGUUGCCAAUCACAUACGUCAUCCGUUCCUUGUCAACCUAUUCGCUUGCUUCCAAACAGAGGCGCACGUGUGUUUCGUGAUGGAGUACGCCGCUGGUGGCGAUUUGAUGAUGCACAUCCAUGCCGACGUGUUCAACGAGCCCAGGGCUGUGUUCUACGCCGCCUGCGUCGUGUUGGGUCUUCAGUAUUUACACGACAACAAAAUUAUAUACAGAGAUCUCAAACUGGACAACCUCCUGCUAGACACCGAGGGCUACGUCAAGAUCGCGGACUUCGGCCUGUGCAAGGAGGGUAUGGGCUUCGGCGACCGCACUGGUACCUUCUGCGGUACGCCCGAGUUCCUCGCGCCCGAAGUACUCACCGAAACGUCCUACACGCGCGCCGUGGACUGGUGGGGACUCGGAGUGCUCAUCUUCGAGAUGCUGGUCGGGGAAUCCCCCUUCCCUGGGGAUGAUGAGGAGGAGGUGUUCGACUCGAUCGUUAACGACGAGGUCCGGUAUCCGAGGUUCCUGUCCUUGGAGUCGAUCGCGAUUAUGAGAAGGCUGUUGCGCAAAUCUCCUGACAGAAGACUGGGAUCGAGUGAGAGGGACGCAGAGGACGUGAAAAAGCAGGCUUUCUUCAGACACAUCCAAUGGGAGGAGCUGUUACACCGCAGGAUACCACCGCCAUUUGUUCCCACAGUGCAUUCAAUGGAAGAUGUGAGCAAUUUCGACGAGGAAUUCACAUCGGAAAGGGCCCACCUGACGCCACCCAAAGAGCCGCGACCCUUGACCAACCAAGAUCAAAAUCUGUUCAAAGAAUUCACCUACAUGGCCGAUUGGUGCUGACAAUAAUAACAUUUCUCUUAGGUUUCGGUUGCCAAAAUGGACUUAUUUCUUUUACAGGGGCAUCUAAAUCUAUUUAUGAGAAAAAAAUAGUAAUAAUAGCUUGAGAUGAAGUACAUACAACGUGUGAUUUACCUAAAACCUUUGACUUAAACGUAGUUUUAUUUUUACAGUCAGUUAAGUUAAUAAAUAAAAAAUGGUACAAAUUAUAACAAAAAUUCUAAUUAUUUAAAAAAUUUCAAACAAAACUGACUAAAAAUGUGUUACAAAAUGCCUACCAUGACGCCUUUUCGGUCUUUGAUAUAUUAUAAAUCAAAAAAUAGUGUUAGGAUAUUUAGAUUUUUAAUUCAAUGCUAUAAAUAGAUUAAUAUGAAUUUUAACAUAUUAUUUUUUUAGUAAUGUAGAAAUAUCAUGUGAUAAAUAAAUAAAAUUAAACACACAGGUCAAAAAAAUUAGAUUUAACACUAUUUAUUUGAAAUAUAUUAAUAAAACUAUAGUAACAAUUGUUUUGAGGCAUUUUACACGUUGCGUUAUCUCCGAUUUUGAGCCGUAUUUUUGCGAAGAGGUUGGAUAGUUUUUUUUUAAUAUUACCCACGCUGUAUUUAUACUACCCCUGGUCACUUGAUUUCCGUGGUCUGUACUUUAAUGCAUACCACAGAGAUAAAUAUAUACGACCAGCUGACGGACAGAGAGACAAAAUAAAAAGCGGCAUACAGUGUUGCCGGUUCUUACGUGUGUAAAAACUUUCGUGUAUACUACUGAAAUGAAGA